UGCUGCUACUACUAAACUACUUUAGUAGUAGUGGGACUGUGGGAGUAGUAAAAUUGCUUUGCUUCAUCUCUCUCUCUCUCUCUCUCUAGAAGUGUUUGUGUGCCUACGUAGGAAAGAGGGAGAGAGUUGUUUGUAUUAUGAGCCGUAGCCUUGGAAGCUUGAAACGACUGCGUAUUCCACCCCAACUCGAAGCUUUUAACUUCUCUCUCUACCACCGCUCCACUUCCUUCUUCUCCCUCCUCUCGUCUCUCUCCCCAUUCCGCCUUCUCAAACGCCUUUUCUUCAAAACCCUCCGCUACUUCUCCGUCUCUUUCCACCGCAUGGAUUCCUCCUUUUUAUUCUCCCUCUCUUCCCCCUCCCCUUCUUUCGCCGACGACGUUUUGUCUUCCGAUUACUCCUCUCCUUCCUCCUCCCCUGAACCCCUCUUCUUAGUUCCCCUCAGGUGGUGGACUGACGCGAAUGCGGCGUUGUAUGGCGGCGGUGGCGGCUGUGGGGAGAAUAAGGGAGUUUUGUAUAAUGUGACGUCGCGUUUGAGUAAUAAGGAGCUUGAGAUGGAUGAUUUCUUGUCGGAGGUGGAGUCCGAGAUUGUCCUUGACAUGACGAGAGUUGGGGAGACCGGCACCGCCCAAGGAGAGGGCGUUUCUGGCAGCUGCAGCGGCACCAGUGAUCUUAGUCUUGCUUUGAUUUCUGAAUGGAUGUUCUUGAGAGGUUUUAGAUGGCAUAAUGAUACUAAGGAUGUGGGAGCUUUUUUAGCGGCAGCAGAUAUUAUACAGGACUUGUUCUCUUUACAAAUCCGACUUUCCUUUUCGUGCAAAACAGAUUCACUCAUAAUAAGGAUAAACCGAAAGGACAACGAGCUUAGAGAUUUUGAUCGAGCUUGCAGUAUUUUUUGUGUUGAUUCCGGCAUGUUGGAAAUUUGGGACUUUUCCGGACAGACAAACCAGUUUUUCAUGGAUGACAGGAAGCUACUCAGUGAUUUUGAUCAGCCUCGUCAGGAGAUGAUUUUGGAGUUGCAAGUUUAUGGGGUUGCUGAGGCUAGAGACAAUAAAAGAGAGAAAAUGAUUACUGACCAAUGCAAGAUUGAAGCUCCUCCUAUCAGUGGUACAAUGACGAUGAAUGGGAGUAUGGAUGAUGAGCUAUUCUCCAGAUUCAAGCAGUCGCCUCCCCUUGAUGGUAGCUAUAGUAAUGCUUGUGCUUUGGGCUUGACUGGAUUAUAUAAUCUGGGGAACACUUGUUUUAUGAACAGUGCCCUCCAGUGUCUUGUGCAUACAAGGGAGCUGGUUGAUUAUUUCCUUGGAGACUUCCGAAAAGAUCUUAAUUUCGAAAAUCCUUUAGGCAUGAAUGGUAAGCUAGCAUUAACUUUUGGAGAAUUGUUGAGGAAGCUAUGGGCUCCAGGAGCAACACCAGUGGCUCCAAGGAUAUUUAAGUCUGUGAUUGCUGGUUUUGCUCCUCAGUUCGGCGGAUAUAGUCAGCAUGAUGCUCAAGAGUUUCUUGCUUUUUUGUUGGAUGGGCUUCAUGAAGAUCUCGAUCGUGUAAAGCAUAAGCCUUAUGUUGAAGUGAAGGAUGUAGAUGGACACUUAGAUGAAGAAGUUGCAGAUGAACAUUGGCGGAAUCAUCUUGCUCGCAAUGACUCUAUCAUUGUUGAUCUGUGCCAAGGUCAGUACCGGUCAACAUUGGUUUGCCCUGUUUGCAAGAAGUUAUCCAUUACAUUUGAUCCAUUUAUGUACCUGUCAUUACCACUUCCUUCUACAACAAUGAGAAAAAUGACUUUGACUAUUUUCAGCACCGAUGGUAUCACUUUGCCUUUGCCAGUCACAGUUGCCGUGCCCAGAGAUGGGACUUUGAGUGAUCUGGUUGAGGCCUUGAGUGUGGCUUGCUGUUUACGAGAUGAUGAGACACUGUUAAUUGCUGAGGUAUUUGAUGGUAGCGUUCUUGGUUAUCUAGAGGAGCCAUCUGGUAAAAUAGACCUGAUUAGAGAUCAGGCUCAUCUUGUCGCUUAUAGAAUGCUGAAAGAAAGUCAAAGAUCUCCUUUGUUCGUGUUCCGACAUCUACGUGAAGAAAAGUCAGAAUUUACUGGAUACAUAUAUUGCAAGAAAUUUGGUGUGCCCCUCCUGUCAAGGGUAUCUAAUUUUUCUGAAGGAUCUGAGAUACGCAAAGAAUUCCUAAAGCUGCUUAACCCAUUUGUAAUGCCUGCAGAAGAAUUGUCAAAUGACUAUGAUUGUAAAGGGAUUGACACUAAUGGAGAUGGUAAGAUAGAGUCAAUUCUGGAUGAAGAUGCAGACAUAGAGCCUGAAUCUGAGAUUGACAGCUGUGACUUUCAGUUUUAUCUGAAUGAAUCUUGUUGGAAAGAGUAUAAGAUAGAAAUGAAUAACCCGAGGCCAAUAUCAGUGUCUUCUGGCAUUGUGAAUGUGUUUGUUUCCUGGCCCAAAAAAAUGCUGGAAGUGUAUGACACUUCCCUUAUGAGUGUUUUACCAGAAGUCCAUAAAUCUACACUCUUCUCAAGAAAGUAUCAGGAAUCUGUUUCCCUAUAUAAAUGCCUUGACGCCUUCUUGAAGGAGGAACCACUUGGACCAGAAGACAUGUGGUACUGUCCCAGUUGCAAAACUCACAGGCAAGCCAGCAAAAAGUUAGAUCUGUGGCGCUUGCCAGAGAUACUGGUUAUUCAUUUAAAGAGGUUCUCAUACAACCGAUAUUUCAGAAACAAGCUAGAAACAUUUGUUGACUUUCCUAUAAAUGAUUUUGAUCUAUCAAAUUACAUGGCUCACAAAAAUAUCCAUAUGUCGCACCAUUACAUGCUUUAUGCUGUAAGUAAUCACCAAGGUGGCAUGGGGAGUGGUCAUUAUACUGCAUUCAUUCAACAUGGGCAAAAUAGGUGGUACGAAUUUGAUGACAGCAAUGUUUUCCAUAUUAGCGAGGAGCAGAUAAAGACAUCAUCUGCUUAUGUUCUCUUCUACAGGAGAAUUUCAGAUACUGUACAUAAUAAUGUCCAUUAAUUAUAUGGUUGGAAAACUGGAUAGUGAGACAUAUUCAAGCAUCGUACCUCAGGUUUGCUGCCAGCCUCUAGGUUUCCAAGUUCAUUUGGGGCAAAUUGGAGGAGCUCAGCAAUGUAACCAUUGUACAUAUGCCAACAAAAUUUUUACUUGUUUAAGAGGUGAUUCCUCCAGAAAUAUGUCUGUACAUCAUCCUUACCUGUUUCUGGUGGGAAGAUCGUCAGGGAGCGACGUAGUGUUAACAUUCCUGUCGAAAUUGAUUAUACUUUUGAAUCCUUGUCUUUAUGGAGCUCAGUAUUCCUCUUUUGUUUUCGUGCUUACCUGUUUACUGAAACAUUUAUGGCGUAAUUAUUUUUUUUCA